AUGACGUUGAGAUCCUCGAAGAGACGUAAGCGGAGAUCUCGUCAUUCUAGGAACAAGCAAAUAACCUCUGCAAUUCUAAUUGAGGAGGGGAUAAUGAUCAAGUCGAAACCGCCAAGCCCGUAUAUAUACGCAAACAGAAUGGCGGACAGACGAAGCAACAGUAGCAUAGAUAACAUUAGCAGAACAAGCUUCCAAAGCAACAGUGAUAACAACAGUAUUUUCGAAACAGCUUCAUUAAUUAGUUGUGUUACUUGUUUAAGCGAUACUGAUACAAUAGACAGAUCGGAAGCGUCUACAACAGAUACAGGUAAAGAUGACCUUUCCGGUUAUUCCAAACCUCAUUAUCCAUCAGUGAAUGGGCAACUCCCAGCAAACACUGUUAUACCCUAUGGACGUAUUCUAGAUGCCAGAUACAUUGAAAAGGAACCCUCACAUUAUUAUGAUGCAGCAUCAUCGCCUAGUUCCCCUUUAAAGAGUUCGAUUAGCGGCAUCAGUGAACAGGAUGACAUAGGUGAAGAGGCGCCUUUUCAACCAAAAGAAAGGAAGGGUAGCUCGCUACCACGAAGAAGCAACAGCAGUAGUAGUAUCAUCUCUUCUAGAUCCCCUUCCACAAAACUGGUCGAGGUUAUAUUCGCAAGGCCAAGAAGGCAUGACGUUGUACCCAAGAGGGUUUCACUUUUAAUAGACUACAAACCUCAUCCUUCACCUCAUCUAAACGAAGAUGAUGACUUGGUUGAAGAAAUACUGAAGAGAAGUUAUAAAAACACUAGAAAAAACAAGUCCAUAUUCGUGAUCAUUAACCCAUUUGGCGGUAAAGGCAAGGCCAAAAAGCUGUUCAUGACGAAGGCAAAGCCACUAUUAUUAGCCAGUCGCUGCUCUAUAGAAGUUGUCUAUACUAAGUAUCCUGGGCAUGCUAUAGAAAUUGCACGAGAAAUGGAUAUCGACAAAUACGAUACUAUUGCUUGUGCAUCGGGUGAUGGCAUUCCUCACGAAGUGAUAAAUGGGUUAUACCGGAGGCCUGAUCGCGUUAAAGCAUUUAACCAACUCGCCAUUACAGAAAUACCGUGCGGAUCAGGUAAUGCAAUGAGUGUAUCAUGCCACUGGACAAACAAUCCCUCGUAUUCAACAUUAUGUUUGAUAAAGUCGGUGGAGACGAAAAUCGAUUUAAUGUGUUGCUCACAGCCAUCUUAUGCAAGAGAACACCCAAAGUUGUCAUUCCUAAGUCAAACAUAUGGUCUCAUUGCAGAAACUGACAUAAACACAGAGUUUAUUAGAUGGAUGGGGCCUGCAAGAUUUGAACUGGGUGUGGCAUUUAAUAUUCUACAGAAAAAAAGAUAUCCUUGUGAAAUAUAUGUGAAGUAUGCCGCCAAAUCGAAAAAUGAAUUGAAAACUCACUAUUUGGAACACAAGACAAAAGGCUCAUUAGAGUUCCAACAUAUCGCCAUGAACAAACAUAACGAGGACUGUAAUAACUAUAAUUACAAUUACAAUAGUGAAUACCAGGCCGAAAACGGAGACGAAGAUGAGGGCGAGUUUGAGGGAGAGGAGGAUGAUCACCCUACCUUUUAUGACUCUGCCGAUCCUAUUGCCGAUCAAAUCAAAGAAGAAGAUUUCAAAGUAAAAUACCCAUUGGAUGAAGGUGUCCCUUGCGAUUGGGAGAGGUUGGACCCCAAUAUAUCAAACAAUUUAGGUAUAUUCUAUACGGGUAAAAUGCCCUAUGUGGCCGCUGACACUAAGUUUUUUCCGGCAGCACUUCCCUCAGACGGCACUAUGGAUAUGGUUAUUACUGAUGCAAGAACGUCGUUAACUAGAAUGGCUCCAAUCUUGCUGGGGCUAGAUAAAGGUUCUCAUGUUUUGCAACCGGAAGUUCUACACUCUAAAAUUCUUGCAUACAAGAUAGUUCCGAAACUGACUAAUGGUUUGUUCUCUGUUGAUGGUGAGAAAUUUCCUUUGGAACCUUUGCAAGUGGAAAUUAUGCCACGUUUAUGCAAGACGCUACUGAGAAAUGGCCGCUAUGUGGACACAGAUUUCGAUUCUAUGUGA